AUGUCUACCUGGGAUGGCUCAGAAUCUGAAGAAGAAGAUUCUGACGAAGAAAAAGCUAAUGUUGCACUGAUGGCAACUACUGAGGAUACCACAAGCUUUGAGGAACCAGAAGACAAGGUUCUGUCAGAAUCCGAAUUAGACUCCAAUUUUGAAAAGGAAAAUGUUUUCGACUUCACAGAAACCCUAAAUGUUCAAGGAUGGAACAAGUUCUUCGAGAGACUUACAGGUCCAGUCUAUCAUGUGCUUGUCAAGCAAUUAUGGGUUCAUGCCACUGUGGAAAGAGAAACUAUCACUUCCUAUGUUAUGAAUAGGAAAAUUGUCAUCACAGAAAAGUCGAUUGUUGACCUCAUUGGGCAUGAUGUCAAAGAGAAAAGAGUUCAUAGUGCAACUAUCUCAACUAAGAGGGACGCUGACAUCUCCCCAGUAAUCUUCAAAGAGGGUACCAACUUUGCUGAUGAAAAGGGUUCCAGUACAAAGAAUUUAACAAAAAAUCUGAGAGUUUGGUUUAAGACUAUUAUGGGAUGUAUCAAUCAUAGACCAAGUACCAAUAGUUCUGACUACAUCAAUACUCGUCAGAAUAUAAUGCUAUUCCUUCUAGAGAAAGGAGUUAAGCUGGGUUUUCCAUCGCUUUUGUUUAAAUUCAUUAGGGAUUCCAUCAGAGAAUCCAUAACUGGUGGAUCCUCCAAAAAAUCCAGAAGCAAAUUCAUCCCAAAUGGCAGGCUAAUCUCAGACAUUCUGCUGGAAAGUAGAGUGGUAGAUGACCUUCUGGUCAAUGGGCUAACAAAGGAGUUGGUAAAGGAUGUUGGGAAAGUGUUUUGGGGUAAGAACUUGAAAAGUAUGGGUCUCAUCUCAAAGAUUAGAAGACCAAAUAUCAUUCUGUCCAAGGAUGAUAUACGUGGUACCAGAAAUCCUAUAGAUAACUAUCCCAUCUUCACCAAAGUGGAUCCCCCACAGGUUCUGAUGGCGUAUCUUGAAAGUUGUUUCAAGGAUGGCCUCGACCCAUUGGUGGAUCCCUUCAAUCUUCCAGAAACUUACCCAGAAGUUCACGGUAAAAGGAAAAAGGAAUUCAGAGGAGAAGGAUCCUCCAGAGCUCAGAAGAAGAAAAAGGUUGUUAUCUUUCAAGAUGAAGAUGAGGUGCCUUUAAGCGAGCGCCAGAAGGCUAUGAUCCUGAAAGAUACGUCUGGAGUUGUUCAACCCUCAAGAGCUUCUGGUAAGUUUCCUGCUGACUCUUCUGAUUCUGUUUCUAUUCCAUUUGGAAUCUUACCUCCAACACCUCCAACACCUCCAUCUCAACCUAUUAUGUCUGAACCACUUCCAUUACCUACACCGGAAAUAACUCCACACAUUUCAACUCCUGUUAUUGUUUUACCACCACCACCACCACCACCUGUUAUCAAUAUACCAUAA